UAAGAUUAGAGUAGCUGUUCUCCGUGCCUCGUUUAUUCUGCCCCCUCCAUCACUCACGCGCUCAUUCUCCCACUCGCUCCGUCCGUCUGCUCAUCUUGCGCUCCUUUGCUUUGCUCUGAAACCGAAAACAUGGCUGAGGCUUUCGUCGGCACGUGGAACCUGAAGGAGAGCAAGAACUUCGACGACUACAUGAAAGCCCUGGGUGUGGGCUUUGCAACACGUCAGGUUGGCAGCAUGACCAAACCCACCACCAUAAUUUCCCUGGAAGGUGAUGUCAUCACGUUAAAGACAGUCAGUACCUUCAAGAACACAGAAAUCAACUUCAAACUGGGAGAAGAGUUCGACGAGACCACAGCAGAUGAUCGUAAAGUCAAGUCUUUGGUGACCGUUGAUGGAGGCAAGAUGGUUCAUGUUCAGAAAUGGGAUGGCAAAGAGACAACACUGGUCAGAGAAGUCGACGGCAACAGUCUUACACUGACACUAACUCUCGGCGAUGUCGUCUGCACACGGCACUACACAAAAGGAGAGUAAAGUGAACCACACAACCCUGUCCUUGGUCCUGUGGAUGCCUUCUCUUUGGUCAAGUACAUUUCCAACAGUUGUCAAUAGUCCUUGUUCCUUUUCUUUGUACCAUACACUCAAAUGGAAAUAAAACUACCUUUACACCCAA